UGAGUGAACGCAAAAAGAGCUUGCCGAUAAUUCAUCCAUCUCCCUCGUAAAUUCUGGACGUAGGCCGAUUGACAACAAAAAGCCUACGGAACGUUGUUUUCCUAGAUGUUUCGUUCUAAAUAAUUGUUGUGAACGAAGAGCCUGUAUUUGUGACUAACACAGUGGAGGAUAAAAUAUGAAGAGGCGAAAUGCCGAAUCAGGCAAGCGGCGCCCAAUAAAGCGCAACAAAAUUGGCGAAGGAAUGUAUUCAAAUUCUCUGCUGUACCUGAAAUUUGUGAUGCUCUGGUCUACAGUUGUGAUGGCCGAUUACAUGCUCGAAUUCAGAUUUGAGUUUCUCUGGCCGUUCUGGAUGAUGCUGAAGUCUGUUUAUGAUUCAUUUAAGUAUCAUGGAGUGGCAUUUUCAGUGUUCUUCAUAUGUCUAGCCUUGAUGUCUGACUUGAUAUGUUACUUCUUCAUACCUCUACAGUAUAUAUUCUUUGCCGCCAGUACCUAUGUGUGGGUACAAUACGUGUGGUAUACAUUUGGCGACAAGGGCGUGUGCCUGCCGACGGUGGCACUGUGCUGCCUCGUGGUGUACGCGGAGGGCGCGGUGCGCGAGCGCGCGGGCCCGCUGGAGCUGUGGCGGCCGCUCGCCGCGCACUGCCUCGGCUACCCCGCGCUCUCGCUGGGCUUCGGCGUCAAGGCAUAUGUUGGGCAGAGGUUAAGGUUAAGGCGGCAGCGGCAAGUGCGUGCCGAGAAUGAGUUUUAUUUCCAACUUCUACGGGACGCAUUGCCUGAAAGUGCACUUAUAGAUCAGAGCUCGCACAAGGAGGCGGAGGCGGAGGCGGGGUGCGGCGCGGCGCGGCCGCUGAACGGCUCCGUGCGGCGCCGCUGCGCGCGCGACCACAACGGCGUGUGCGUCGCCGACCACGCCUUGCACGUCAAGUUUGAAAAGUUAGAGAAGCAUGUAGCACAGCAGGCGCGAGAGAAGCCGACUGCCACACAAGCAAACACAGCAAGUACACAAGCAAGUACACAAGCGAGUACACAAGCGAGUACGCAAGCAAGUACACAAGCGAGUACACAAGCGAGCACGCAGCCAAGCACGCAAGCGAGCACGCAAGCGAGUACUCAAGCAAGUACUCAUGCGAGUACGCAAGCGAGCACGCAAACGAGCACACACUUGCUCAAUGGCUCGGCCACUGGGUCGGGCGCGGGUGAAGACGAUGAGCGCCACGAACAUAAAGGUUCCUUUAAGCCCACGAAAUAUGAAAAGAAAGAGGCUAGUUCAGUAAGAGAAGAGAAAAAGAGACACAGAAAUAAAGAAAAGGAUAAAGAGAGCAGUGAUAGUUAUAAGAGCACAGAAAGUGAGUAUUCAAAAGAAAUAUUAGUUAAAGAAAAAGAAGUAGAAAGUACAAAAGAAAUUGUAAAGAAUAAUAAAGAUAGUAAUAGUCAUAAAGAAAGGGAGAGGGAGAGGGAGAAAGAGAGAAAAGAAGAGAGGGAGAGGGAAAAUAGGGAGCGCGACAGGGAACUCAAAACUUUGGCCGAGGAGCUGCGGCGCGCGCGCUGCGAGCUGGCGGCCGCGCGCGCCGCGGAGGCGGACGCGAGGAGGCGCGCCGGCCUGCAGCAGAGCGAACGCGCGGCACUGGAGCGUCGCCUGAGCGAGGAGAGGCGCGCGCGCGCCGCGGCCGACGAGGCGGAGGCGGGCGCGCUGCGGCGCGAGCUGCAGAAGGCGCGCGAGCGGGCCGCGGCGCUGCAGCGGGACCUGGCCAGCGCCUCGGACCAGAUGCGGACGCUGGAGGCGCGGGAGGAGAGCGGCGGCACGCGGCUGGCGGGCGCGUGCGCGGCGCUGCAGGAGCGCGCCGCGCACCUCGAGCGCUCGCUGUCUGCGGAGACGCGCGUCAAGCUCGACCUGCUGUCCGCGCUGGGGGACGCCAAGCGGCACAUGCACAUACAGGAGGGCUUAAUAUCGAGACAAGAGAAAGAGAUAGAGGAAUUGAAAGCUCAAAUGCUGGCCGUGAUGCCGACGGAAUUCGUGACUCCGGUGAGCGGGAACGUGUCCAAACUACGGUUGUCGGACGGGUCCCCGCUCGACCCCAACGCCUCCGUGUACACGCCAAAGCAACUAUGCUCCGACGCCUGAACCGCCUCUAACUACAAAUCACCUCACCGGCCGUUACUGAUCUCAAUAUUUUUCUAACUCGGCGUUGAGUAUUUUUCGUUACUUAAAAUAUCCAGAUACCCUCAUGGCCACCGGAUGUUCGAGAGCUAGUUUUGUAAGUGGAGGAACGUUUAUUUUUUCAUCAUUGAAAUAUUUGGAUUGUGUGAGUACCUUGAGACGAUGACUGGUUGAUAAAAUUAUUCGUAUGAUUUGAAGUACAAUUCGUGCAUAACUUAUUAACCACAUACUUAUUAAUUAAAGUAAACCUGAUUCUUUAUUUUAAUAACGGAAAACAAAAGUAAAUGAAUAUAAUUAAGUGUAUGGCUAGUCAUUAUUUUAGUCAGAAAUUACAUCACAGAACAUAGUAGUGAUAAUUUUAUCAAUCACGGACGAACCUUCCACGCAAGUAGCUGCUGCAUUCAGACUGCGUUGUUUUGAAUUAUGUGAUAUAUUGUACAAAAUGACAUUUCGUUGUCUUCUCCUUGUAUAAAUGUAGUAUAUUGACGUUUUAGUCCAAUCGUCGUGUUGUGCGUAGCAUCCCACUUUUAAUCUUAACUUAUUGCAACCCUAAAUUUUUAUAAAGUGUUGCUAUAUGAAAUAAUAUUAAAUUUAUAUUUUAGUUGAUUAGUACGCAAGACCUGAUGACUCGAAAUUGGGGGAUAUGAAUCUGUCAAACUAAUAUAAUAAAAAAAUGAUCUAUUUUUGUAUUUGUGUUAUACUAUCUGUUUAUAUUGUAAAAAUAAAAAAUAAAAAACAAUCGAGCUUAGUCACAUAGGAAAAUUUUGGGAUGCUACGCUGAGUUUUCUUGUUGAAUAUAAAAUUUAAAUAUAAAAUCGGCGGACAAGCAACCUGAUUGUUGUA